UGAGAGAGCAGUGAAAUGAACGGACGUGGAGCCGCAACAUGGUAGGGCACACGAGCGGUGCUUUGCUGGUAUUUGGCUUGUGCUUGCAGCUAACACAUGCCGCCAAUAUUUUAGCCGUAUUCUCGUACAGUUUUCCCUCACCCUUCCUGCUCGUGGCGCCAUACAUGAAAGCGCUUGUGAACAAAGGCCACCAGGUUACCAUCAUUUCUGCUAAAAAUCACUUGGCGGACAUCGAUGGGGCUCGUCAUAUUCGAGUGGAAAUGCUUGAUCAGCUAAUGGAGGAUCUGUCAAACUAUGAUUUUGAAGACUUUCCGAUGAACAAAUGGCAGGAAUCUCUGUUGACGGCCGAGUUUUUCUACAACUCCUCGAGAUACAUUCUGAGUGAUGCUGGCGUCCAGUCACUGAUCCAGGAUAAGAGUGCUCACUUUGACAUGGUCAUAGUGCAAGCAUCCCUCACAGAUGCACUCUAUGGAUUUGCCCCGUUCUAUAACGCCUCCCUGGUGGGUCUUUCUGUCUAUGGAACCGCUUGGAAUAUCGACUAUCUGGCGGGAAAUAAGGCGCCCAGCGUGUACGAGCCCAUGUCGCCGGACGGGUACUCCACUGGUCUCGGAUUGAUGCAGAAACUGAAGAAUUGGAUAUACAUCACAGAGGAGUGGCUUCUGGAGCAACUGGUGUACCUGCCCACUCAGAUGCAGCUCUACAAGCGCUUCUUUAACAAAUCAGCGGAAAGUCUAUAUAAUAUUCGGCGAAACUUCUCCCUGAUGCUGAUUAAUCAGCAUUUCAGCCUGGGACGCGCUAGAUCUAAUGUUCCCAAUGUCAUAGAGGUGGCGGGCAUCCACUUAGAAAAUCCGAGCGACCAACUGGAUGACGAUCUGCAGCGCUUUGUGGACGAGGCCGAUCAUGGUUUCAUCAUCUUCUCAAUGGGUAUGGAAAUCACUGGAAAGUGGCUGCCACCGGACUGGCUUCUAAUUAUGCAGGAAAUCUUUGCCCAGCUUCCACAGCGCGUCGUCUGGAAAUAUGAGCAGGCGCCGCCCAAUAAAUCGGAGAAUAUUUACAUAAGCCCCAUGCUGCCACAGCGUGAAUUAUUGGCCCAUCCCAAGGUCAAGCUUUUCAUCACCCAUGGGGGUGUUUUGAGCAUAAUUGAGGGGGCUUAUUAUGGUGUUCCCAUGCUCUGUUUGCCGAUGUACUACGAUCAAUUUGGCAACGCGGAGCGCAUGAAACAUGCAGGCCUAGCUCAAAUCCAGGGCAUUCUCACGAUGACUGUUGAAACCAUGACGAAUGCCAUCAAUGAGCUAAUCAAAAACCCGGUUUAUGCUCAAAAUGCUCAGCAGAUGUCCGAGCGGCUACGGGACCAGCCCAUGAGCCCCCUGGACACGGCAGUCUGGUGGACAGAGUAUGUGCUACGACACAAGGGCGCACCACAUAUGCGGAUCUCGGAAGACGACAUGUCCUUCAUGCAGUACUAUAGUCUGGACUUCAUAUUGGUGUUCUUUGUCCGCUUUGGAGUGGCCAUAUUGAUAAUAACCUGUGUGGGUCUCAAGUUGCUCAGUUUCUUGUUGAAGUCCUCUCACAUGCGCCUCACUGUGCCCCUCCUUAGCUGAAGUAAGCUUAUCAAAAAGAGGGCAACAUAUAGAUAGAGAUGCAGAAAUAUAUAUAUGAAUAUAUAUCUUUAUAUAUGUAUAUAUAUAUAUAUAUAUAGAGAGAGAGAGAGAGAGAGAGAGAGAGAGAGAGAGAGAGAGAGAGAGAGAAUGAUAGAGAGGGGGGAAGAGGAAUAGAAAAAGAGAACGGGAAUAGACUGUGAUAGAGAGGUAAACGGAAAAGGGGAACAGGUGUCUGCUUUGUUAUGAUGAGUAAUCAAGUAAUCUGUUUAUAAAUUGCCCAGCGACGGCAAUUCAAAACGUAAUUUUAUAGUAAAUUUUGAUUAUAAGAGGUUUCCAAUUUAGACACAGCUCUAAUAAGCGGAGCGACUGGGCUGUUCCAUAACUUAUGAGACCGUAAGAAAGAUCGUAAGAAAGAUAUGUUAAUACAAAAAAAAAAAUACUAAAGCUUAAAACUAAAAAUAUAAACAUUUAUGAUCUAAAAAUAUAACAACAUUAAAAAAUAAUGCACAGCCUAAGCCAUUAAAGCUUUGAAGCAUAAA